AUGCGAAGAUUACUUCAAAGGCAAGGUAUACAGCACCGAGGAGGAGUCCCCUAUCAUCCUCAGACUACCGGGCAAGUCGAGAAUGCAAACAGAGAUAUUAAAGCCAUAUUGGAAAAGACAGUAUCUCGGCAUACAAAGGAUUGGGUUGACAAGCUUAACGAUGCAUUAUGGGCCUUCAGGACUGCUUAUAAGACACCGAUAGGUACUACUCCAUACAGAUUGGUAUAUGGCAAGGCGUGCCACCUUCCAGUUGAAAUCGAACAUAAGGCGUAUUGGGCCAUUAAGAAACUAAAUGAAGAUCUAUUCAUAGCAGGGCAGGAGCGAAUGUUUCAACUGAAUGAACUAGAAGAAUGGCGUUUACUGCGAUUGUUUCCUGAGAAACUUAAAUCAAGAUGGACUGGGUCUUAUAUUGUUACAAAAGUAUUUCCUUAUGGAACCUUGGAGACUUAUAUUGUUACAAAAGUAUUUCCUUAUGGAACCUUGGAGAUCAUGCAUCCUACAAAAGUAUUUCCUUAUGGAACCUUGGAGAUCAUGCAUCCAACAAAAGUAUUUCCUUAUGGAACCUUGGAGAUCAUGCAUCCAGAAAAAGGAUCUUUCAAAGUAAACGGCCACCAAGUCAAGAAAUAUUAUGGAACUUUCAAAGUAAACGGCCACCAAGUCAAGAAAUAUUAUGGAACAGAAAAUACGCAGGGGACGGUCCACAAGAAAUAUUAUGGAACAGAAAAUACGCAGGGGACGGUCCAGUGUUGCAGGCUAAUACCCUGGGAAGAUGAGUAG